CAACAGAAAUGGCGUCUUCCCAGGAUGUCCACGUUCGAAUUUGUGGACAAGAAAUAAUCAAAUAUGAUCUCGAAAUUAAAGCUCUCAUUCAGGACAUUAGAGAAUGUCCGGGGCCACAAAGUGUGCUGAUGGAUUUCAACUCCAUAGUAAAAGAGAGAUUCAAUCAGCUGCGACUGAGAAUCCAGAAUAUGGAACAAAUGGCCAAGGAACAAGACAGAGAAACAGACAAACAAGCCAUCUUGAGUGAGACAGAGAGUCAUCGUAGACAGAUGCUGAGUAACCAGACAGCUUGGAGGAAGGCAAACCUGGCAUGUAAACUGUCCAUUGACAACCUUGAGAAAGAUGAACUGCUGUAUGGUGGCGACUCCACUGUGCGACAACGAAAAGCAACUAAGGAGAGUUUGGUCCAGACGUCCAGUGACAUCACAGAGAGCCUGAUGAGCAUCAGUCGUAUGAUGGCCCAGUCGGUGUCGCAGAGCGAGGAGACCAUCGGCACUCUGGCUACGUCUUCAAGAACAGUCCUGGAAACGGAUGAAGAGUUCAAAGCCAUGACAGGAACCAUACAUUUGGGAAGGAAACUGAUCUCAAAAUACAACAGACGAGAAUUGACUGACAAACUACUCAUCUUUCUAGCAGUAGCGUUGUUUUUAGCAACUGUCUUGUACAUUUUGAAAAAAAGGCUGUUCCCAUUCAUUUAGAGGAAAUUGUGAGCAGUUGCAUGUUCUUACUUUUCUUUGUCCCUUGAUGUUACUGUCCAAAACUACGUCUGUAAUAUAACUGCAGUCAUGCCUUUC